AUGAUGCACGGUAUUCUUAGAGAAACAAUACCUUUACAUGUAUAUUGGCAGAGAAUAAGCAAACAGAAUUCCGAAUUUGAAGGAGUAAAUAAUAAAACGUUCCUAGUUAGCUUUGCUCUUCAAAUCUCCUUUUGUCCAUAUACUGAAGAAGAUAUAUCUCUUAACGAUGGAAAUACAGUAAUUAUAAAUACUUUACAUUCGAAAUUAUGGAGAAUUCUUCUCUCAAAUCCAGAAUAUUCACAUCAAGAUUCAAAUGAGAACGUACUAUGUGAUUUGGAUCCUCAAUUCGGACAAUUUGGAAUAUACAGAUUAGCACUCAGUAAUAACUCUUGUCAAGUUGAAACAUUAAAAGAGCCGGUCAACAUAUACUCUCCAAUAAUAUCUGUCAUACUAUUAUACUGCUUGCUAUACCUGAUUACAUACAGUUUUAUAAAAGUUUAUCAAGUUUGGUUCAAGACUCCGAGAAAACAAGAAGAAAAACAUCAAUUUCGAAUACAAUCAAUAGAUACGUUUAGGGGAAUCAGUAUCGUUGUUAUGAUUUUUGCAAAUUACGGCUGUGGGGGAUACGCAAUAUUAGACCAUGCAAUAUGGAAUGGUUUACACCUCGCUGACUUGGUCUUUCCUUGGUUUAUAUGGAUUAUGGGUUUCUGCAUACCAUUAUCAGUAAAGUCAGCCAUAUCCAAACGAAUUUCAAAAAAGGACAUGAUAAAAAAUAUUGCAAGGAGAUCCUGCGUCCUGUUUUGUUUGGGGAUCAUAUUGCAAUCACCGAUUAAUUUAAGUACAGUUAGAGUCCUAGGGAUUUUACAAAGAUUUGGGGUAUGCUAUUUCGUGGUAACAACUGCUUUUACACUGUUAAUUACUGAUGACAAUGAUAGUAACAAGGGAAAACUGGCUCCCGUGAAAGAUAUACUGUUGAUGAAAAACGUUUGGAUUGUAGGAAUAAUAAGUGUAAUCGUCCAUUUGUUAUUUACUUUUCUAUUAUCGGCUCCAGGAUGUCCAAAGUAAG